UAAGCUCCCGAGCCCACAUCGGUGAUUAGAAGUACGGUGCGUGCAGGCUCUGUUUAGAGCUCUAUCAGCUGUGCGUGACGUCGAUGCAGCGCGCCCGCAGUCAGACUGAUGAUACGAACCAUGGAUAAUGCCCCACCUAGCAAAAGCAAGACAAGUUCCCUUUCUGGACCCAUUCAGGUAACAGAUGGCUUGUAUCUCAGCAAUGCAUCUGUAGCCAGCAAUUAUAUCUGCCUCACUGCACACCGCAUCACAUGUGUCAUCAGUGUCUACUUGGAAAACACUGAUCAUCAUUAUCCUAACUUUCAAUAUCUCCAUUUUCCAAUGAGCGAUACUCCUGAUACCUUCUUGUUUGAGCACUUUGAAAUCAUAUCAGACAAGAUUCGCAUUGUAGAAUCCAAUGGAGGACGUACAUUGCUUCAUUGUGCCGCAGGCAUUAGUAGAUCCCCAUCACUUUGCCUUGCCUACCUGAUGAAGAACAAUGGUUUGUCCUUACUGGCAGCACACACUUUGCUUAAAAAACGGAGACCAAUUAUUCGUCCCAACUAUGGCUUCUGGGAGCAACUCAUUCGCUACGAGAUGGAACUGUUUGGGAAGAACACAGUCCAAAUGGUAAACUCUCCAAUGGGACUCAUUCCAGAUAUUUAUGAAGAGGAAACAAAGAACAUGAUUCCAUUUUAAAAAUGUAGGCAAAUGGCAAAGAUUCAGACAGAUUAAAAUGUACUUGUCGUGGCUAUAAAGUAGCAUCAAAUGAAAGAGCUUUACAUUGCAUCUA